AUGAACGUAUUCCGUUUCAAGUCAAACUCUGCUGCAAACGUUAACAAUAGCGAGCCCAAAGUGGUCGAUAAUGGACCAGUGACGCACGAGCCCAUCCUUACCCCGCCAGCUGACUAUAGCCCCAGCCUACCACCAGCAUUGGAUGAGUCGCAGCAGCAAAAGCUUGACCAAUUGCGAGAGUAUAUUGAAGGCAUCAUGCUUCCCAAGGAUCAUGAAUAUUACCCGAGUGAGAGAGGUUUUGUCACUGAUGGCACCUUGAAGCGCUAUAUGCGAGCACGUAAAUGGGAUUAUGAGGCGGCAAAAAACAUGUUGGAGAAUACCAUCAAGUGGCGUCGUGAUUAUCGCCCAGACGAGUUGGAUCCUGAAUACAUUAAGCCAGAGGCUGAAACGGGUAAAAUGUACUUUGAUGGUUUCGACAAUGCUGGUCGUCCCAUUUGGAUCAUGCGACCCCGACUUCAAAACUCCAAGGACAACGAGCGCCAAGUCAAGCACAUUGUCUAUUGCUUGGAACGUGGCAUCCGUCUUAUGCCUGCCAAGGUUGAAAACAUUGCUAUCAUCGUUGACUUCAAGGAUUCUGCUUAUGCACACAACCCAAGUGUGGCUACAUGCAAAAAGUUCUUGGAUAUCCUCAGCAAUCAUUAUCCUGAAAGACUCGGCAUUGCGUUUGUUGUUAAAUCCCCAUGGUUCUUCUUCACCACAUUCAAGCUCAUCUCGCCUUUUAUGGAUCCUGUCACCAAAGCAAAGAUCAAGUUUGUAUACGAUGAUGAAAAGCGUACCAAAGAUGAUACCAAGGGCUUGAAGAAUGAAUGGGUGCACAUUGGUGAUUACAUCCCCAAGAACAUGCUUGAAUGCGAGUAUGGUGGUGAUUACAACUUUAAAUACGACAUUGAAUCGUACUGGAGGGCGCUUUUGGAAAAAACCGGCAACCCCUACAAGGUCAUCGAAUAUCAUUAA